AUGGGCUGUUGCUGUUGUCGUCCCAUCGAGGGCGAAGAGGAGGACAUCACCCUUCGCUUCCGCGGCCUGGCCGUUAAUUAUGGGGGCAGAAAAUUCUUGCCAAAUGUCAUUAAAACGCGCACAUAUAAUUGGAUUAGCUUUCCGUUUAUAGUUCUUCUCCUUCAGUUUAAACCGUUUUUUAGUCAGUUCUUCACUGCUGUAGCCCUGCUGCAGAUAUUCCGGGCCCUGAAAGUGGGCCUGGCCUUCACAUACUACCUUCCACUCAUAUUUAUUUUCCUCGUUAGCAUCGGGAGGGAAUUAUACACCGAGCUGGGUUGCUACAAGAGAGAUAAGAUAGCUAACUCCAUGCUCUAUCAGAUUCUUUCUGACAGCGGAAUUAGAACUGUCCGCUCAGACGAGUUACAAGUUGGAGACAUUAUCUACUUGGCACCAGGGCAGAAUAUUCCCGCAGAUAUUUUGAUACUGCACGGCACUGAGCCUCUGUACUUGAAAACAACCAACUUGGACGGAGAGACGGACUAUAAGUCUCGUACUGCGUGCUUUGAUACUACAGACAUCUAUAGUACCGACUACAAGGACAUACUUCGGAAGAAGUUGGACUCGCACAUAUUGCAGUAUGAACCGCCAAGCUCCCAACUCUACAAGUUCAACGGGAAGUUUGUUCUGUUAUCGGCACCUCAAGAUGUCUCUAUGUCACCCGUCAUGCCCAUUUCACUAGCAAAUACUGCGUGGAUGAAUUGUACUCUUGCGAAGGGGUCAGUGACGGGGCUUGUCAUCUACACCGGAAAGCAAGUCCGGAUUAUGCUGGGCCGAAAGAAACCCAAGAGCAAGAGUGGGAAGUUAGAUGUGGAUAUCAACUUGUAUGUCAAGGGCCUCUUCGUGCUUUGCAUCUUCUUGGCCUUUGUGUUGACUAUGGCAGGGUCUGUUUAUUCUCUAGUAACGUUCAUACGGUGGAUAAUCAUUCUUAACGCUAUCAUUCCUCUCGCUAUGAAGGUGUCUCUCGAGUACGGCAAGUUUACUAUGGCGGGGACUAUCAGCUACGACCCCGAAAUACCAGGUGUCAGGGUACAAAACAGUAAUCUAGUAGAAGAGCUGGGGCUUAUUAACCAUAUAUUUAGUGACAAAACAGGCACGUUGACAAAGAACGAUAUGUGGCUUCACGAGGUCGUUGGGAGUAAUAAGAACGUAACGGAUGGAUGUGAAACUAUGCUUCACGCUCUUAUGACAUGCCACAAUGUUGAGCUGGUCACUGAGAGAUGUCGGAGCAUUAAAGUAACAGCAAAGAAUGGCAUCGUACAGCAUAGCGAUCAGGACUCUGAGGAAGAUCAAGCAAAGCAGCUUGUGCCUCAAAAGACGAACACUCGCAUAGUGCUAGAAGAGGAAAAAGUGAUCGAGGGAUUUGGUGAAGCUGUUUCGCUGUGCUUCACUAAGCACACCACUAAUGAAUACCUGCUUCUUAACAAUUAUAUAGGAGCAUCCCCUGAUGAAGUGGCUAUCAUCAGAGGAAUGCAUGCUAGAGGACACAUUUUAAAAGAAAAAAUGCACAAUCGCAUCCAGUAUAGUUCUGGCACUGAGGACUAUGAGUUUGAGCUUAUUCAUGUGUUUCCAUUUACCUCGGAAACAAGGCGCAUGUCGGUCAUUGUUAGGGAUAGAGAAACUCAAGUUGUCUACCUCUUUGUCAAAGGCGCUGAUACUGCCAUAGAGGUUAUUUCUAAACCGUGCGAUUGGAUGCGCAACGUUGUUGAUCAGCUUGCGACCACCGGGCGACGUACUCUAGUGUAUGCAUAUAGGAUUCUUUCUGCGGAUGACUUAGAUGCCUUUCAGCGUGCAUGGAUGAGUGCCGCGGAGGACAUCAAUUCGAGACAGGAUAAGCUAGAUCAAGCAGAGGAGGACCUUUUAGUUAAUUUAGACGUUUUGUGUGUAACGGGGAUAGAAGAUCAACUCCAAGACAACGUGAAGGACACUAUUCAGUCUCUGAAGAGGGCAGGAAUUAAGUUCUGGAUGUUAACGGGUGAUAAGAUCAUAACGUCCCUGAGCAUUGCUCAAGCAUGCAGUAUUCUUCCUAAUGAUGUGAUCAGCAAGCAUACAGACUUUUGCAGUCGUGUAUCUGAGAUAGGAAAUAGUACUUCCCGGUGCGUAGAGCUUGACGCGCAAACUGGGGAUGUACAGCACAGCCUUCAUAUUGUGGGCGAAAAUACAUCUAGUUCAGCUAUGCAGUUGGCAAGCGUGGCCUCAAACCCGAUCACUAUGUCUCCCCUAGACCCUGUACUCAUCACCACAACAUGCGCGCAAGAACGGAGCCACAGCUGUUCGUCCCCUAAAAGUGGUCUGCGGUCUCCACUGCACCAUAGGACUAAUAGGGCAUUAUUAAGACAUCCACUUAAGAAAAGUGGAUUACGGAAUAAGAAGCUUGCAAAUAUCAAAGAGUCAGCAUAUGUGCGUAAGUCCCAGGGAGUGUUUUUCCUCACAGAAGAGCUUUCGUUGGAUCGCUUGCUUCAAACACUUCACGAUGUGCUGGCAGUCGUGGAGACUCAGAAGAACAUAGCAAUCAUCAUUGACGGGGGUGCUAUAGAUGCUCUUUUAGGCACCUAUCCAACUAACUACUUCUACCGCUACCGGAUACACCCUAUUACUGGAUCCCUCCUGCCGCUGCCACUCAUACUAAAGGCCUGGCGAUACUUUGUGCGCUUCCUCUAUGUCUACUUCACUGGAAAAGCGAAGUCUGGAAAGGGGAGUUUGGGGCCAGAUGCCAAGAUACGGGAGCUCUUCGCCGAAGUUACUUGCCGUGCCGAAACGGUGAUCUGCUGCCGCUGCACCCCGGGACAGAAAGCCUUGGUGUCAGAAAUAAUAACGACUUAUAGUGGGAAGCAGUCGCUAGGCAUUGGGGAUGGUGCCAAUGAUGUUCCCCUAAUCCAGCUCUGCGCUGUAGGAGUCGGUAUAGCAGGAAAGGAGGGGACACAAGCAGCAAACUCGGCAGACUUCGUCAUCAAUGAGUUUCAAGGACUGAAAAAGCUUCUCCUGUGGCACGGGAGAAAUAGUUACAUAGGGAGUGCACAAAUGUGUCAGUUCAUCAUGCAGCGAGGCAUAACGCAAACGCUCCUUCAAAUAUGGUUCAGUAUGCUUUAUUAUUUCGUAACUCUAGUAAUAUACACAGGCGUCUUAUUGCUGGGAUUUGCCACAUUCUUUACAAUGCUUCCUCCGUUCAACUAUUAUAUUAACGAGGACAUAGAUUAUAAGCUCGUUAUGCAGUAUCCAGAGGUCUAUAGAUAUACGUCGUCUGGAAGACUGAUUUCCUUCAAGACCUUCUGCCUCUGGCUCCUUGCGUCCAUCGUGAUUUCGUUUAUGAUCUUUGUAUCUUUGGUCUGUGUUCUUCCGUGGGAUGUGAUAUAUACCGAGUUUGUUCUGGUGUCCUUCGCCGCUCUUCUCAUUAACCAGCUCCUUCUAAUCUCCUUCACGUCUCAUCGGUGGUCUGUCCUUCUCGUAAUUACACUGGUGGGUAGUUACGCCUCAUUCUACAUCGUGCAAACAAUAUAUCCUGACAUAUUUCCCCUUUCCUUUCUCUACUCCUUUUCUUUUACUUGGAGUUCGCUGUAUAUCGCCUUCAGUGCAGCUCUACCAAUCUACAUUGGCUCUCUUCUGGUAAAACACUUAAGUGUACCUCCUGUGAUCAAAAAGCUUAGGAAGUUAAGAGCUCCCGCUGACUGUGCGUGUUGUGCUAAAAAGAGCAAUUGUGCAUGCACCAAGUCCCCAAUCCACUACUACAGUUCCACGGGCACAUACUACUUUAAUUUGACAGAUAAGGCUGCGAACGUACUCACAUGUCGAUACUGCUCUACGUGCCCUCGUAAGUGCUAG